GUAGACAAUUUCAUGAAAUGCUCCAUUAGGGUUUCAUUUUUACAUUUGUACAAAUUGUCCUCUCCUUAGACUGUAUAUAUCAUAUACCUAAGUACCUAGUCUGUGUAAAUCUUGGAGGAUUUAACAACUGGAGACGCCUUAUCUGUAAUUUUCUGCACAAAAGUCUGCCGAUUUUUGCGGGGGAGGGGCACGGUAAAUGUACGGCCAUUUGUACGUAACGUACAAAUAGCCAAGUCAGAUAAACGUCAGUCCAUACAAUACAUAUGACCAUUGGCCGAGCUUUUCGACAGAGGGGUAAGCUCUUAAAGGCGACUCCAGUUGUUAAAUUCUUUAAGUGUAAAUACUGUUUUAAAUUUCACAGUGUAUUAACUAAUUCGCUGUAACGCUGUCUAAUUUUUUGAAAUCCAUUAAUAAAUGUUGAUUGCAGGCGGUCCGGUGCCGGAAGUACUGGUGGAGCACUCUGCUUUACGUCCAAAACCUUGUCAAUCCGAAUGAAUUGGUAACUAUUCUUAUCAUACACACAUAUGGGUACCUACCGACAAGGCUCAGAACCGGUUUAUAAAAUACCGGUUUAUUUCGGUUUUCCUCCGAACUGUUAUAAGAACGCGAACGUUUUAAGAACUUCAUUGUAACCUUAAAAACCGGUUUAUUUGACGAGCGAUGAAAAUGCCGGCGGGCCUGGUGGUGUGGCAUGUAAAAUAUUGCCAAGAUGAAACCAUAAAUGCUCGCACUGUUAAAAAGUUAUCAGAUCACUUGUAGAGCUAAGCUGGGGUCUCCAUUUGGUAUAUAUAAAUAAAACUUAUCGAGUGUUGUGGGCAGUGCAUGGGUCACAGCUGGUACCUGUCGGUGGACAUGCAGCUGUACGUGGUGUCGGCGCUGCUGCUGUGCGCGGCGGGGCGGCGCGUGUGGCCGGCGCUCGGCGCCGCCGCGCUGGCCUCCACGGCCGCCGCGCUCGCCUUCUGUUUCUAUUACAACUUUCCUGAUACGAUGACGGAUUCACCGCGAGACUGGAGCUCGGGGUCAACUCCUAGCUACUGGUUAAUGUUGUAUUACUAUAACCCUAUAGUGCGCUCCCCUCCCUUCUUCAUCGGGAUGCUGCUCGGGUACAGCCUUUACAUCCUCAAGAACGAAAAACUUCAUUUACCGAAGUGGAGCAUCUGCUUGUGGUACGGCGUAGCAUUAGCGUUGUCCUUGCUGGUGAUGUUGAGUGAGCACCCAGGCGCGCGCGCGUUCUUCCACGAGCACCAGGCGGCUCUGAACGCCAAGGUGGCUUUGUACCGGGCCUGCUGGGCGCUGGCGCUGAGCUGGCUCAUCAUCGCCUGCACUCAGGGCUACGGAGGUCCCGUGAACUGGUUCCUGUCGCUGGGGCUGUGGCGGUACGUGGCGCGCGUCUCGUACGCGUUGUACUUGUUCAGCAACAUCUUACAGGAGGAACCGGACGCCACUGGCGGCGUCAACUACUUCGACAUGCGCACACUGCUGUGGAGGUUCUCCGGCGACGCGGCGGCGGCGGUGGCGCUGUCGGCGGCGCUCAUCGUGCUGGUCGAGGCGCCGCUGCACACGCUUCUGGCGCCGCUCCUCAAGCCCCGCACUGCCAACAAGUCAUAACAACUUUGAUUUUUUAUUCAAUAAAUAUAUAAAAAAUUAAAAAUAAUAACGCCUAUUUCAAUUAACUUAGCAACGUUUCAUAAUGAGAAAUAUGUAUCAAAUGGGGUAAGUUUGUUUGUUACAGUAGUUGUUGUUCCCAAAGGAGCGGAAGCUAAUGUUCACAGGCCUUCAUUAUACAUCUUCCUUAAACACUUUAGUAAUUAAAUAGGGACUUGGUGCAUUUAAAUAAGUGAUAGAUGCUCCCGUUUUAUGCGUUCAGGACAGCUUUUUAUUUUAUACCCGGUCUUUCAAAUUUUUCAAAGUUUACUGUUUACUUGUAAGGUUGAGUUUAUAGUUGAGUUAUCACGCUGGAUGAGAUUCGCACGUCCAACCAAUGUACCAAAGAUACAUUGAUUAGACACCCAAAAUCUCCUCCAAGUUUAUUGUCCGGUACGGCCGUCUGUAAAGAUUUUAUAGUGGGCCUGCGCUAUGAGUUGAGCAAGAGAGAGAGAAAGAGUAAGAGCGAGAAAAGUAUAUUUAUUUUGACCGAUCAAUGUCGCGGCAGCUUGUACGCUCGUCUGUUAACAAUUUAUACGUCAAAAAUGAUGUAAGAUAAAAUCGUUCAUAUACCUUAAGAAAUUAUCGUAUUUUAGGACUUAA